CAAAAUGAGUUAACAGAACUCACACAAUUUAUUUUAGCCCAACACAAAAAAAAAAGAAAAUAAAAAAAAUAAGAAAGAGUGCAAAUUGCCUUUCACCACACAAACAGAGAAUCAAAUUAUGGAUAAGAAAUCCUCGCCCGUGCGACGACAAAAGCGCCAAGCCAAGGUAAUUGAGGAGAACUUCUGGGAUUGCAGCGUCUGCACCUACAGGAACUCAGCGGAGGCUUUCAAGUGUCGAAUGUGUGACGUCAGAAAAGGAACCUCAACACGCAAGCCACGCCUCAAUUCGGCGCUAGUCGCCCAACAGGCGGCCACACUGCCAGGAGCCAGCGGUACAAUGCCCAAUGGUAAAUCCUCCAGCUCCAGUUCGCGUCAUGGGAGCGGUCACGAUAGACAGCGUCACAAGCGUUAUCCUGCCCGAUUGAAGAACGUUGAUCGAUCAACGGCACAAACGCGAGAAGUUACCGUCAAUUCGGUAACUGUUUUCAUAACAGAAUACAAGGCCAAGCCAGUGAGCAGCAGGCGGGAAUCAAGCGAGCAGAGCUUCAGUGAGAGUAAUGAUAGUCGGAGUUAAGCUAGCCACUCGCCACUUACACCUCGUUACUCGCUAAAUAUAUUUUGAUAUUCCCUCCCCCCCCCCCCCCCAUCGUCCCCCUCACUAUAAUUCCCUUUUUCCCCUCUCUCUAUCCUUAAAAAUUGUAAAUUUUAAUGCUAGGCCUCAACAACAAAACACACACGAAAAAUCAGCAAAAUUGUAAAUUGGGUAUAAUCCUUUUCUAAUAUUUGGAUUACCUUUAAGUUUAUUAUUAUUCUUUUUUUUUUUGGAUUUCUUGUUCGAUUAAGUAUUAGGCGAUAUUCCGCUGCUCCCCGCCCCAUUCUAAGUGACUUCCACACAAAAAAAAAUGAGAUGACAAAAAGAAAGUCCGCGCAAAAUGCAUUUAAGUGAAGUUCCAACCAACACACCAACACACACACACAUAUAAAUGUGCUACCCUGUAUAUAAUUAGUAUAUAUAUUUAAUUAUAUCUCCCUAAUUUAUUUAAUUAUUAUCCUGCAUGUAUAAAAAAUGCAGAUAAUCUAUAUAUAUGAACAGAUAUAUAUCUCCACAAUUGAUUUUUAAGUGUCAAAUUGAAAUAUAAUUUUAUUAAGUCUUAAGCCAAUCUCAAAUUUAUAAUUUAAAUAAUUCGCGCCAAUCCCCCCGCUCCCACCCCUCCCUAGACAAAAUGCCAAUUGGACAACGAAAUGAGCAUGAAGUAUAGACAAUUUGUUUGAUUAUAAUUUGCUGUCAUCAUGUAUAUUUGUUUAAUAAUAUAUCUCAUUUAUAAUGUUUUUUUACUAAUUAUUAUUUUUUUUUAUUUUUCUGUAUACAAGACUGAUUAAUAGUUAUCAAAAUACACAAAUUCAACCAAUAAUAUAGAAAAUAUUUUGGUUUAUGCUUAGAGAAAUAAAAUGAUUGAGAGAAUUCUCCAAACAUUCUCUCCAUCCGUCUCUCUUCCGAUAGUUCAGCAAAAAAAACAUUACACAAUAACAUUUACCAAUAGCUAAACAAUUUUUUGUACUUACCUUACAUAAACAAUAAUAAUUAGCAAUUUUUGAUAUGAAUCAAUUAUAUUUGAAGAAUUAUGAGAACUUUAGAUGUGCUUAAACAAAUGAAUAUAUUUGUAUUUUGAGAUAAAUUCCAACAAACACCAAACAAUUUGAUGACUCGAAUAGAAGAAAAUCGAAAAAAUAAAAACAAACAAUCACCGCAAUAGAUGAAUGAAUCUCGUUUUCAUUCAAAAAAAUAUGAUAAAACUGCCGACUGAGUAAAUAUAUACACGUAUGUAUAUAUACAAUAUAGUCAAAAUAUAUUAUAUAUAUAAAGAUACUUCCAACAAGAACAAACAUUUUCAAGCUUGUAUUAAACAUUUAAAUUCAUAGUUUAUGUAAUAACAAAUGAAUGGCUAGCUGGGCUUAAGCAUAAAUCAAUGUUAGCUAAAACAACAACAAAACGAAUUAAAGG